UCUUCCAAUAUUGUGAAGUGUGUGUUGUGCGUGUUCUUGAGCUGACCGGUCGCCACCUACCGGCAGCUUCCUCCCCCGACCCCACCACCCUCCAGAAUUUUUCUAUCUCCUUUUUCACUGCCUUUCUUUCAGAGCCACCACUUCUAACCUUAUUUAACUUUUCUUCUUCUCUUCUUUCUCCCCUUUUUUCCUCCUCCUCCGCCUCCAAACCCUAAUCUCUUUUCAUGGAAACCAGGUAAUUGUCCCAAGAAAUGCAAAAGAAUAGAUAGAUCACAACUUUGCAAGUUAUAAAGGGGGAUCAUGAGUCCCUUUUCUCCUUUGAUGUUUAUGUAAAUCUUGGUGGGUUUUGAUCAUACCUUUUUCAUGCAAUUUUCAUGGGCUCUCUGUUGAUCUCCCUCUCAUAUAUAUAGAUAUAGUUGGUGUAGUUUAGAUUCUGUCUUUUUUCCUUUUACAUAUCAAUAUCUAUUGGCAAAUCGUUGUCUCCUGCAGCUAUCCAUCCAUCUUCUUUGUUUCCUUCUCUUUCGAGAAUUCAUGGAUUCUGGAAACAGUGGGAGUCUGCAAUCCUCAAGUGGAGGUGAUGAUCAAGAGUUUGAUUCUAGAGGAGAAUCCUCCAUCUCUUCUUUCUUGAACCCUUCAUCCCAUGAUCAUUUCGACUCAAUCUCAGCUCCACACACACAGUUUAUCACACACCAAAUCCAAAUCCAAAACCCCAGUUUCUUUGAUCCUCCUCAUGCCCUCUCCCAAAAUCUUGAUCAUUCCACUCAUCAGUACAGCAACGAGAACGAUCUGAUUUGGUCAAGAUCAGGGUUAAGAUCUGAACCCAAUUUUCCCAGCUUUGGAAACUUAACUGUACCUUCAUCAUCAUUACCAUCAUCAAGAACAAAAACCAACAACCACCAGCCCACUCCGAGUGCUGCAGCAGUACAACCCCCAUUCCCUGCUGCAGGCCCAUCAUCAUCCUCGGCAGUACAACCCGAGGGCGAGAGGAACGUGAUCAAGAACCCCAAGAAACGCACUCGGGCUUCGCGCCGAGCGCCCACCACCGUGCUCACCACCGACACCACCAAUUUCAGGCAGAUGGUGCAGGAGUUCACCGGGAUCCCCGCCGCCCCGUUCUCGGGCUCGUCCCCUUAUUCUCGACGGUUGGAUCUGUUCUCGGCCGCCUCCGCCUUGAGGGCAGCCGACACUCUCGGCCCGCUCUAUCCACUCCGGCCGUCCGCCCACAAGGUUCUUUCCCCGUUUUCAUCUUCUCCUUCUCCUCUGAAUUCCACCAUGAUUGACGCUAUAACGCCCACAACAAACAUCGGCAGUACUAGUAAUAACACCAACACUGCAAUGUCGACUACCACCAACACCGCCGCUCUCGGCGGUUCCACUCCGAAUAUUUCAAACAGUUUUGCGCUGUCAGGCGAUCAUCAUCCUCAUCUCCUGAUCAACCUGCAGAGCCCAAACAUCCUCAGCAAGCCUGAUCAACUGCCGGUGAAUUUCGGCAGCCUGAGUGGGUUCUUGGGCAGGGACACUCCGGCGGCUUCUGCUGCAGUGCGGAACAAUAAUCAUGAUGAUAAUAUUAGGACAUGGAGAAGUGGAGAAACAGUGAGAAGUAAUGAUGGGGUUGAAGAAAACUUGGUGGGAUUUGAUGGGAACAUUGACAGUAGUGAUUCACAGCGUGUGAGUGGAUACAAUUUGAAUCUUGCAGAGAAAGGUAUGGAGAAUGUUGUUGGAGCAGCCUCUGCCUCUGGGGCUGAAGGUACUGUUGCUUCAUGGAUUUGUCCUUCUGAUUAACCUUUUUUUUUUCUUUUUUUUUUUUGGGGAUGUAGAGUAAUUGUUAAUUAGAUUAAUUUACUUAAUUAUAGGGUAUUAUUAUACAAAAAUAUCUCUCUUUUUUGUUAAUUUCUUGGGGUUCAGUUUUAUUAGCCCUUCUGUUUUUUGGUAAUUUUGAUUAUGCUAAUGAAACCCUUUUCUUUG